AUGCAGGCCGCUGGGUAUCUGGAGCCCCUUCGCAUCAGGGGUGCCUCCUCCCUCACCCCACUGGGUGCCAACGUCUCUCAGGACAAUGGCACUGGCCACAAUGCCACCUUCUCCGAGCCGCUACCGAUCCUCUAUGUGCUCCUGCCUGCUGUGUACUCCGGGAUCUGCGCCGUGGGGCUGACCGGCAACACGGCCGUCAUCCUUGUCAUCCUGAGGGCGCCCAAGAUGAAGACGGUGACCAACAUGUUCAUCUUGAAUCUGGCCAUUGCUGACGGGCUCUUCACACUUGUGCUGCCCGUCAAUAUUGCAGAGCACCUGCUACAGCACUGGCCAUUUGGGGAGCUUCUCUGCAAGCUGACGCUGGCCGUCGACCACUACAACAUCUUCUCCAGCAUCUACUUCCUGGCCGUGAUGAGCGUGGACCGAUACCUGGUGGUGCUGGCCACCGUGCGGUCCCGCCACAUGCCCUGGCGCACCUACCGGGGGGCGAAGGUCAUCAGCCUGUGUGUCUGGCUGGGCGUCACGGUCCUGGUUCUACCCUUCUUCUCUUUUGCUGGCGUCUACAGCAACGAGCUGCAGGUGCCAAGCUGUGGGCUGAGCUUCCCGCAGCCCGAGCAGGCCUGGUCCAAGGCCAGCCGCAUCUACACGGUGGUCCUGGGCUUCGUGGUGCCUGUGUGCACCAUCUGUGUGCUCUACACAGACCUGCUGCGCAGGCUGAGGGCCGUGCAGCUCUGCUCUGGCGCCAAGGCUCUAGGCAAGGCCAGGCGGAAGGUGACCAUCCUCGUCCUGGUCGUGCUGACCGUGUGUCUCCUCUGCUGGACACCCUUCCACCUGGCCUCCAUCGUGGCCCUGGCCACAGACCUGCCCCAGACCCCGCUGGUCAUCAGCAUGUCCUACGUCAUCACCAGCCUCAGCUACGCCAACUCGUGCCUGAACCCCUUCCUCUAUGCCUUUCUGGACGACAGCUUCCGCAAGAAUUUCCGCACCAUGUUCCGGUGCUGA